AUGGCGACCACCGUCCCAUCCAUCGCCUGCUUGGGCGUUAUUGGAAGAAAUAACAACCCCCUCCACACAACAAUCUUCCCCUCCUACGAUCCCGCAACCAACACCUACCGCCCUGUCCGUACCCCCCUCCAAUUCUCCCUCAUCCUCUCCAGCACCCUCGACGUCUUUGAGCUCCGCGCCCGCCAGAACGCAGCUGCCGGUACCGGCCUCACCGGCGACCUAGGCCUGCUGCACGCCGUGGACGACCGCCUCGCUGCAUACGGCUUCGAGACCAACACCGGGACAAGAUUCGUCGUUGUCGUGGAUAUGCGGGGGCGCAGGCUAGAUGGGUCGGCUGCCGUGGCUGCUGCCGCGGAGAAGAGAUCGGGGACGGCGGCGACGGGGUUGAGAGAAGGCGAGAUGAGGCCUGUGUUUAAGGCGAUGCAGGCGGCGUAUAUCAAGCUGAUGCAGAAUCCGUUUUUUGAAAUCGACGAGCACUCGGUGCCCGGGGGUAUGGGGGGGAAGAGGAUUACGAGUAAGAGGUUUGCCGAGGAGAUGAGGCGAAUUGGGGAACGGUGGGGGCCGGGAGUCACCAGUCUUUGA